UGAUUCUUUUCUCUGCUUGUUACAAGCAAGUUCUAGCAGUUAGUUACUACAGUAAUUAAGUAGUCUAGCUGUAAGAGUAACUACGAGUUCCCCUCGUCUCUUUUAACCUGAUCGAAAGAACCAAGCAUUUUGUUCGGAUAUCUUCACUAUCUUACAGAAUAAAACUUGUACUAUUUUAAAUAGUACACUUGACCCUUGCCUAAUAUCAGUCUUUCCUUCCUUCUACUACCUUACCCGCAUUAAUAAUCGCUUGUGGUUUUUUGUUUUGAGAGCCUGCCAGGUAGCGUGUGAACUAAACGCAGACUCUUCCUGAAGUGGCAGAACCAGACUCAGGGACAAUGUUAAACCAUAGACUGGACAGCGCGUUGGACCUGCGGAGGCUGCAGAAAAACUACAUAGUCAGGUGUAACGAGGACCUGUCGAACAUUCUACAAGGUGGCACCGGGAAUCACGAAGAUUAUGUUGCGUUGCAUCUUUUAGUUGAAUGGUCUGGUUGAAUGAUCUAGUUGAAUGGUCUAGUUGAAUGAUCUAGUUGAAUGGUCUGGUUGAAUGGUCUGGUUGAAUCUUCUGGUUGAAUGGUCUGGUUGAAUGGUCUAGUUGAAUCUUCUGGUUGAAUGGUCUAGUUGAAUGGUCUAGUUGAAUGGUCUAGUUGAAUGGUCUAGUUGAAUGGUCUAGCCAAGGAAUAAGACAGAGCACGAAGAAGGAACAUCCAACCCCCCCCCCCUGCAACUAAAACAUGUUGUCCCUCCCCUUAAACAUGUUGUAACUACCCCCAGAGUGGGUAAACUACUACUACUACCUCGUAGUGCAACCUUCUAAUCCCAAGUCGUCCUGAUCCGUGGGGAUCCGGUACGUCCAUGCGCUCAGAUUGCGAGAUGUGAAGGGAUGUUGAGGAAAAUGAGACACGUUUUAGCCCAGGUGAUGCAGAAACAGCUAUUGCUAGAGAUGGAGGCACAGGUAAGUUGGGAGAGUUUAUUCGGUUUGAAAAAGUGAGUUUUUUACUACAGAUGGUAAGCAUCGACUGUAGCUUUCUGAUGACAUGAAUCUUAUAAUUUUAAGGCGAAUACGCAGUCUUUCACUUGCGCUAACUUUGAAUUAAGCUUUGUCAUGAGUUUUUUGUAGUUGUAAGCACCAAUGAAAGCACUUAUAACCAUCAAAGCAGGGUUCGAACGCGAAGCAGAACAUGCGACAAAAUUUGAGAUCGAGUCUGCAACAUGCGCAUGCAAGAAUUUCGGAAAAAAUCCAGGAAACGGAGAAGCACUUGUUACGCUUGCAGGCGAGAUGAUUUUAUUUGGGUUUAUUUUCUCGGGGAAGUGAGGCAAAGGUUGCGGAAGCUAUCGAAUUGUGUUUACUUUUUUGGUAGAAUAUGGAAACGUCUUUUGCAAGGCGGAGUCCUCCUGUGUACGAUAUUCAUACGGUGUUGUACUGAACUGUACUCUAGAUUGGGUGUGUUGAUUGUGUAGAAAAAAGAUGAUGAUGCAAAUUUCGCACAUUGUCACGCAAACAAUCAAACACCUAUCGAGGAGCUAUCCUGAUUGACUAUAAAACAAAAUGUAUAGAGAUAGAGUCUGUCUUUGGGUCUUCUACAGGUAAGGCUACCAGAAUUUGGGCGGACCCGUUUGUACGAUGAAAACGUCAUUAACACUGAUACAACUAAGUCGAGGACAUGAGGCCCCUGGGCGGGGGAUUCCCCAGCUUUGCUGCUUCGAUUAAGAGCUAC